UUCUUCUUCUUCUUCUUCUUCACCUCACACCCUAAAAGGAAGCCUCUAAAACCUUCCUCUCUCUCUCGAUUCACCGAUCAACAACCAUUUCACUUCUGAUCGUUCAAAGAGCUCUCCGAUCUCAAUCAACAUGUCUUCAAUCGGCGCAUCUCCGAGACAUGUUGAUGCUACGGAGAACAGCUUGGAAAAGAUCAAGCGACAGCUAGCAACUGGCUCUGGUCGGAACUUGCUACAGGGACCGCUUUACAAGCGGUCUGAAACUCUAAGAAAAUGGAACGAAAGAUGGGUGAUACUUGAUCCAACCACUGGGAAAAUGGAGUACAAGACGAGACGAAAUGAACCCGCUAUCAAGGGAACGAUUCUGUUUGACGAAAAUAGCACUAUCACUGUCUCUCCUGUCAACUUCCAGGGGCUUCCGAAAUACAAUGGUUGCUGUAUAUAUAUUAGUACGCCACAGAAGAAAGAUUACUUUUUGUGUGCGGAGACUACUGGUGCAGCUAGAGCUUGGGUUACUACUUUACAUGCGACCCAACUAGUUCUAAAGGCGCAUAAGGAGGCUGUUGAUUCUCUAAGCGGAAGUGGUUCUUCAACACUUGGUACGGUUGCGACCGUUGUUGCCGCUGCUAAUUCAACAGCACUGGAAUGUUCCAAAGAAAUUCAAGCUUCAAUGCAGGUCUCUCUGAGGAAUGCUUUGAAAAUCACGGCGAAUAAACCGAUCGAUGGACCACUAGAUGAUUUGACUAUAAUGAAGGAAACUCUGCGUGUGAAAGAUGAAGAACUACAGAAUUUGGCGCGAGAACUUCGUUCACGUGACUCAACGAUAAAAGAGCUAGCAGAUAAGCUAUCUGAGACGGCUGAAGCAGCUGUAGCGGCAGCAUCUGCAGCUCAUACAAUGGAUGAACAGAGGAAAAUUGUUUGUGUGGAACUUGAGCGCUUAUCUAAAGACUCAGAGAGACAGCAAGAAGCGGCUAUAUUAAAGCUCAAGGAACUGGAUGAGAAGACAUCUACUCUGAGUAGGGAAAAAGAUCAAUUGGUUAAGGAAAGAGACUCUGCUCUCAAAGAAGCACAUAUGUGGCGGUCUGAGCUUGCAAAAGCCAGAGAGCGUGUCGUCAUACUUGAAGGAGCUGUUGUGAGAGCCGAAGAGAAAGCGAGGGUUGCAGAAGCAAGUGGUGAAGCAAAAGCAAAGGAGGCUUCUCAGAGAGAGGCAACUGCUUGGACGGAGAAGCAAGAGCUUUUAGCAUAUGUGAAUGUUUUACAAACCCAGCUUCAAAGGCAGCAACUAGAGACGGAGCAAGUGUUUGAAGAGAAGACUGAAUCUACCAACGGCGAGACAUCUCUUCCGAUGACAAAAGAAACAGAAAAGGAUGUGGAUAAAGCAUGUCUGAGCGUUUCGAAAACAGCGUCUAUGCCGGGAGAGAAUGUAGUCCAUAUGAGUGAAGAUCAGGUGGUAAACGCCCAUGCUCAGGCUCCGGUUGGUGAAAACGAAUGGAAUGAUAUUCAGGCAACAGAGGCAAGAGUUUCUGAUGUAAGGGAAAUAUCUGCAGAGACUGAACGAGACAGCUUGGAUAUCACAGUAGUAACCCCUGAAUCUAAUGUCCCACGCAAUGAUCUGCCUCCAGAAUCUUUUCAUCAUCAGCCUUGAUGAAUAAUUGGUGGACCUUGGUACAUUUUUCAUAUACUCUGAUGGUUUUAUAAUGUUUGGAGAGUUGUCAUUUGGGUUUUCUUGUACCUCGAGAUUUGUCUAUGUAUCAGCAACCUCUUGAGUUUCUGCCUGACUUGGGAAGGAUCCUUUUCCCCUCCUUUAUUGCAACAUGAAAGAGAUUUAGUAUCUUGCUGGAUUCCAAAUCCGACACACAUUUAGCUAUUAUGAUGGUGUUGAUAGUUCAAGGAUGUUCUCAUAUGAAUCAUAUAUUUAGUGUAGUUUUUUUAUUCCUUU